AAAGUACACUGCUAUCUUAACUGACAUCAAACAUCUAUGUCUUACGGAUGGAUUGUACCCGAUUGAUUGAUAAAUAUAUUACUAAUGAAUUGAAAGAAAUGAUCCACAAAUUGAGGAUUUGCUAAUCUGGGAUGUCGUUCCUCGGUUAACUCUGGUUAUCAAUGAAGUUGAAACCAUUUGUGUGUAGGGAACGUAAUAUAACUUGCCAGAUUUAAGCUUUUGUGGUAUUUAAAUUCUCUAUCUAUAAACAAAUAAAUCAGAAAAAUUAAAAAGUAAUCAUAGGUCAGAAGAUGGCAGAUCUUUCCCAUACUCAGCUUUACAAGGCUACGAUUUCAAGUCAGCUGUUUGAUACGCCUGUGUGUUUGUUACCUGCUGUAAGUAGUGUACGGCGUAAUGCGCGCAAGUGGUUCUAGCGUUAAAAUCUGGCCGUGAGCCGUAUUAAUGGGUGCUUCUUAAGUGUUGACAAUGACAUAAAAUAUUUUGACGUUUCAUCUGUGAAAACGUCGAAGACAAUCAGAAGGUCUUGACAUCUUCGAAAGGACAUAAACAGAGACAUCUCUUUACAACAUGGGAAAUGCUGGAAGCAGUGCGAGGGAGAGGCACAAGGGAGGAGAGCUUGCCCCUCCUCCUUCUCCUGGAAAGGAUAGUCAAGCAUUUGUCUUUGACAAGAAACCUAACACAAAACUUGUCUUCCAGUCCUCCAAUGAAGAAGAAGAACCCUAUUAUACUAAGGAAAAGCCACCAUCAGAGCAGGAAGAACUUGGAGCUCCACGGCAACGAUCUGCGACAGUUUCUGAAGGCAGCACCAAGGUUGAUGACAAAACAUUGCCAACAGUAUUCAAGUGGGAAGGUGGUGGAAAGCAGGUUUUUAUCAGUGGUACUUUCUCUAAUUGGAAGGCUCUUCCCAUGGUCAAAAGCCAUGGUGAUUUUGUUACAAUAAUUGAUCUCCCUGAAGGAGAACAUCAGUACAAGUUCCUCGUGGAUGGAGAAUGGAAACAUGAUCCUGGAGUGCGUAUUAUAGAUAACACUAUGGGAUCCAAGAACAAUUUGGUGACUGUCAAGAAAUCAGAUUUUGAAGUCUUUCAAGCUUUGGCAAUGGACAGUGAAAGUGUUGGUCACCAUCAACAAAGCGAGUACUCGCAGGAAAUUCCAGCAAACAAGCCAUGGGAAAAAGUAUCAGGGCCACCAAUAUUGCCUCCACACUUGCUUCAGGUGAUACUGAAUAAGGACACGCCACUCUCGUGUGAGCCAACAUUGCUUCCCGAACCAAAUCAUGUAAUGCUCAACCACCUGUACGCUUUGUCAAUCAAAGACGGUGUUAUGGUGCUGAGUGCAACACACCGAUAUCGCAAGAAGUAUGUCACAACUUUGCUGUACAAGCCUAUAUAGCCUACGCAUCGACCACACACUGGUCAAGUUCGUCCACGACUGGAUCGUGCAGAUACUCGGUGAAUCACCACAUGAUGCAUAAUAAAAGUAUGAAAUACUAAAGUGUAUUGUACAAAACAAAAAGUGGCCACCUGUACCCACAUGAAUUACUUAAUGGUUUAUGUGACAGAUGUAUUAAAUUUUAUUUUAGUCAGAUUGACAAAUGUUUGGGAAGUUAGCCCAACUACGUUGUGAUGAAUUGCAGUUUUGAAAUGUUACCCAAUUGUGCCUGUUUUAAGAAGAAGUUACCUCUUAUUUUCUGACUGAUAAUAUAAUGGUAUCAGAAAAUAUUUAAGAAAUGACACAUAAAUUUACAUAUUAUUGCCUUCUUGGCUUAUAGCAUUAUUGACAGGCUCCAACUUUGUCAGACAAUAGAUGUUGUUUUUCUUAUUGAUAACUAUGACCUCAUUUGUUUCAUAAUCUUAAAAUAAAACAUAAAUUGUAAACUAACAACACUGUCAUAUGCCUUAUUGUAACUUACACUAUUAUCAGACAGUAUAAGUCACCUAAACUGCAGAAGUAUCCUAGUUAUUUUUUUAGAGAUAGCAAGAUAUAGAGAUUUUGUUGCAUAGUAUAUGUAUAAAUAAGAUGUAUUAUAGUCCAUUGUUAAAGUGCCGUACAAGUUCCAGAAGUUACUAGAAACAUCAAUAGCUCACUGAACAGACUGUAGAAUGGAGGCAAACAAUAAACUUAAGAAUGAAUGUUAUGCUAUUUUUGACAGAGUGUAAGUUGAAACCACAAUAAGUGUAAAUAGAAGAAAAACUAGAAAAAUAAUCGGGUGCGUAAAAAGAUUAUAUAUAAACAUUUAUUGUUACUGACUGUUGUGUGUAUUUUUGUUUCUUGGAAAAAUGAAGCCUGGAAUAACAUCAUGACAACAAUAUUUUGCAACAUUAAGUCUAUUUGAGAAAAUGGGAUGUCCAAAUAGAAUCUAGUUUAUUUGGUAAGAUAGUGUCGAUACUUAAAUCACGAAAAUAAGACAAUGUUUCUAAUAAGCCUCCAGGUGCCAACUGAUGGUGAUUUUGUACUGGAGAAGUAUGUUGUUGGCCUCAUCUCACAGCUGUAAUCUAAUCAGUAAUUGAACAAAGCACUUAAAUAUUUGAAGUCUUCUAGAAUUUUGUAACAAAUGACACACACACACACACACACACACACACACACACACACACACACACACACACACACACACACACACACACAGAGAGAGAGAGAGAGAGAGAGAGAGAGAGAGAGAGAGAGGGGGGGGGGGGGGAGGGGGGCUUAUAUUAAAUAUCCAUCACUUUAUUUCUACCUGCAUCUUCAUGUAUGAAUAGCAGCUUACAAAGAAAUAACAUUUGUAUGUAUUCUAAUGUACUAAACAUUAGUUUCAGUCUGUGAAUAUGAUUCUCAAUUGCAUGUUACUCAUGUUGUAGAUAAAUAUCUUUUCUUGCUUUAUGACAAGAAAAACAAAUGGCACUGAAUUGUGGUACAAAAUAGAGGAAUUUGUAAGUCAGAUUGUUAUUUAAAUAAAUUACUCUUAAUAUUUUUAA